CUCAUAUUGGAUGUAAAGAAACAUGCAACAUGCACUGAGCUUGUGGAAGUCUGGAAAUGGAUCUGCCUGUCAGUAAUUUUCUCUUUUGCCCACCCGCUGUACCUUUCCUAUUUCUCUGCGUGAAAAUGCAUGUUUAUUGUGUUGACUUUUUUCCUGUUGUGGCCCGUUGGCCUUUACCCAGCUUAUCCACUAAAAAUCUCAUGCAUGCCUGAGCUAACUUAUCAUAUUUUUCUUUUAGUAAAGAGGCUAUGGCGUGCAAAGGAUACUGGGCGCUUGGAGUCAGUUGUUGGACCAUUCAAGUUAUAUGAUUCCUCUUUUCGAACACUGCAGGGGUCACGGUGGCUUUCUGAUGAGGUCAUUGAUGCAUACCUGCACCGUGUCAUUGAGAGACGAAAGAAUGCUGUACACCUGCUCUGUUCAGUUGUUGCAAGCUCGUUGUUUUCUGGGCAGUUCAGAUGCCUCACCAAGAUGAAGUUCCCAGUUGAAGACAUGUGGCUGUGCCCUGUGAACUUUGGUACACACUGGAUUCUUGUGAUUGUCAACAUUUCUGCACAGAAAAUACUGCUCAUAGACCCCAUGGGGAAUGAAGGUGUUUAUGACAGGAAAAUUCUGCGCAACUGGCGGAAUUUUCUGAGGAUGAGAGGGCAUGAAGACACCAUGGAGUGGCAGUUACAGACUAUGCUACACAACAAGCAACAGGAUUCCAGCAGUUGCGGAGUUUUGCUGUUAAAGUUUGCAGAACGCUACCUUGCUUUUGGAGAGGUCAGUGAAGUAUUAAUCACUACAGAAGCAGUUGUGCUGGAGCGAAUGCAGAUAGCUUGCACCCUACUUGAACAUCGAGGGAACGCUGAGGAUUACUGCAUUGUUUGCUCUAUGUUAGAUGCUGACGCUGACCGCAGCAUGAUUGAAAUGGUGCAGUGUGAAUCUUGCCAAAGAUGGGCACAUUUUGCAUGUGCAAAAUAUAAAGACAGCAACCAAGAAUAUAAAUGCAAAAAAUGUAAGGAAAACACAUAACAACUUCUAAUAAACACAGCUGUUUUU